AUGAGUGUAACUGCAGCAGCGAGUGGAUUUGUUGUCCUUCUUCUCACUGUGACAGUGGUACAGUGUGAGAAUGGCUGGGAUGUGAGUUACACUUCUACUGAGAUCUGUGCCGUCAGAGGAUCAACAGUGGACAUUACCUGUACCUACACAUACCCAUCCACAUUUAAUAACCAUGAUACUACAGUUCAGGAAACUUUCUGGUUCAUUCAAGAGAGUAAUGGGAUUCACGUUGAUCUAAGGACUGAUCCGGAGUAUUCAGGUCGUGUGGAGUAUCUCUGUGGAAACAACAAGUGCACUCUGAGAAUCUCUAACCUGAGAGAGAGCGACUCAGCUGUGUACAAGUUCAGGUUCACAACAAACCAACCUACUGGGAGUUUAACUGGUUCAGCUGGAGUCACUCUGUCUGUCACAGAUUUGCAUGUGCAGGUGAGCAGAUCAGAGAAGUAUUACUAUUAUAACUACAUGCAUGCAGUGCUCAGGUGUCAGAGCAGUUGUCGUCUUCCUGAUCAUCUGAACUACGUCUGGUACAAGAAUCAACAGAAGAAGAUUGAAGGAGCAUCUUAUUCAGGUUAUUUUAAUUCUGCAGACAGAGUUUCCUGUGCUGUUAAAGGACACGAGGAUUUCCGCUCUCCGUCAAUGUUGGUAUGGAGUCAGAUUGACUUGGGUGUGAGUUACACUUCUACUGAGAUCUGUGCCAUCAGAGGAUCAACAGUGGACAUUAACUGUACCUACACAUACCCAUCCAGGUGGACUUACCUUGAUACUACAGUUCAGGAAACUUUCUGGUUCAUUCAAGAGAGUAAUGGGAUUCACGUUGAUCUAAGGACUGAUCCGGAGUAUUCAGGUCGUGUGGAGUAUCUCUGUGAAAACAACAAGUGCACUCUGAGAAUCUCUAACCUGAGAGAGAGCGACUCAGCUGUGUACAAGUUCAGGUUCACAACAAACCAACCUAAUGGGAGUUUUACUGGUUCAGCUGGAGUCACUCUGUCUGUCACAGACCCUCAGCUCCAGGUACAUGUGAGGAGAUCAACAGCCAAUCCAUAUUCUACCUGGACAGAGCUGACCUGUCACAGCAGGUGUCAGCUCCCUGAUCAUCUUUCCUACGUUUGGUACAAUAACAAUGAACUUGUUGGACGAAAAAAAUACUUUCACCUCCAACACUUUAAUGCUGAAGACAGCUAUCACUGUGCUAUAGAAGGACAGGAGCGUUUCCCUUCUCCUACAUUGUACGCUCCAAAGCCUCCCUCUGUGUCAGUGAGUCCCUCUGGUGAGAUCAUGGAGGGCAGCUCGGUGACUCUGACCUGCAGCAGUGAUGCUAACCCAGCAGCUAAUUACACCUGGUACAAGGAGAACCGAACUCUGCUUCAAGGACCAGAGGGCGUUUAUCGUCUCUCCUCCAUCAGCUCUGGGGACAGCGGGGUCUACUCCUGCAAGUCUGAGAAUCAGUACGGACGGAUCAACUCCACGUCUCUACAAUUAGACGUCCAGUAUGCUCCAAAGGUUCCCUCUGUGUCAGUGAGUCCCUCUGGUGAGAUCAUGGAGGGCAGCUCAGUGACUCUGACCUGCAGCAGUGAUGCUAACCCAGCAGCUAAAUACACCUGGUACAAGAGAAGUGGAGAUAAAAAAGUUCAACCUCUCAGUGAAGAGACACAAUUUGUCCUCAGCUCCAUCCGGUCGUCAGACUCUGGAGAGUAUUACUGCACAGCUGAGAAUGAGCUGGGAAGGAGUUCAGCAAACAUCUCUAUUACUGUGACAUAUGCUCCACAGUCCUCCUCUGUGUCAGUGAGUCCCUCUGGUGAGAUCAUGGAGGGCAGCUCGGUGACUCUGACCUGCAGCAGUGAUGCUAACCCAGCAGCUAAUUACACCUGGUACAAGGAGAACCGAACUCUGCUUCAAGGACCAGAGGGCGUUUAUCGUCUCUCCUCCAUCAGCUCUGGGGACAGCGGGGUCUACUCCUGCAAGUCUGAGAAUCAGUACGGACGGAUCAACUCCACGUCUCUACACUUAGACGUCCAGUACGCUCCAAAGCCUCCCUCUGUGUCAGUGAGUCCCUCUGGUGAGAUCAUGGAGGGCAGCUCGGUGACUCUGACCUGCAGCAGUGAUGCUAACCCAGCAGCUAAUUACACCUGGUACAAGGAGAACCGAACUCUGCUUCAAGGACCAGAGGGCGUUUAUCGUCUCUCCUCCAUCAGCUCUGGGGACAGCGGGGUCUACUCCUGCAAGUCUGAGAAUCAGUACGGACGGAUCAACUCCACGUCUCUACACUUAGACGUCCAGUACGCUCCAAAGCCUCCCUCUGUGUCAGUGAGUCCCUCUGGUGAGAUCAUGGAGGGCAGCUCGGUGACUCUGACCUGCAGCAGUGAUGCUAACCCAGCAGCUAAUUACACCUGGUCCAAGGAGGACGAGGACUCACCAAAAGCAUCAGGACAAAUCUUCACCAUCACUAAUAUCACAGCUGAACAUGGUGGAAAGUAUCAGUGUGAGGCCCAGAACACACAAGGACGUAGUAAGACCACCUUACAUCUGACUGUUGCAGCAGUUUCACCUGGAUCAUUGAGAUCAGCACUCAUUGGAUCAGCCGCUGCAGUUUUCCUCUCUGUGACUCUCCUCUCCGUGUUCCUACUGAUCAGAAGAAAGAGAAACUCUCAGUAAUCUGCUGAUCCUGGGGACAGACUUGACCACAGUGAGCAGGUGAGACACACAGUUCAGCGUCCAAUCCUUUCAAACGCCACUAUUUCUCAUAUCAAACCCUUUUCUCUGUCAUGUGAAGAUUAAAAACUAGUUAUUAAAAUCACAGUCAAAAUUGCCAUUGUAAAAACAAUCAUCUGGUGUUUGAACUUCCUUCUGGUAAUCUAUCCAUUUAAGCAAAUUGCUGAGUGUUAUAAUUUUCUGUGCUGUGCGGUUUGUUCAAAACCUUUUGCUGAACUAUGACACUUGAUGCUGCUCUAAGUUUGUUGAUUUGUAACAUGUGCUGCUUUAAAUCUUGUCAAAGUUUGUGAAAGAUUGUAUUGAUUGGUUCAGAUAUCUUUAGUGUGGAGCAUUGUAAUGUGGAGCAGAUCACCAUUGGGUGUGGCUGUGUAAUACCUUGAUUUUGCAUUGUUCUGUCUGAGACUAAGUGUGUGUGAGACUGCUGUUCGUAGUCUGUGUCGUUGGGACAAAUAAAGUCAGUGUUGGCUGCGUGUGGAUGCAGCUCUAUAAUUAAAGGUUGAUCGACAGAGCAGUCGUGUUCUUUCAUAUCUGUAUUUAGUGAGUAUGUUGCCCUUUGACGUGAAUUUGAGGUAAUUGUGUUACGAGUUUGGAGAGAUAGCGCUGUGUGGCAUUGAGUGUCGGUGAGUAGGGCGUGGUGCAUCGGCGAGACGGAGAGUUGUGUACUCGUUGCUGGUCGGAACAAGACUGAGAGAAAGAAGGGAGUUAAGGGGGUGUGGCCUAUCCCCCUUCCUUCUCGCUCCUUCUAGUUUCUGUGAGCCUGACUUUUCUUUUUUUAAGUGCCUCUGUGUCUGUAGACCUGCAGUUAUAUUAAAGUGUAAUACAAUUAAAUGAUACACACUAUACACCCAAAAUAUAGUGCUAACAGAGUUUUUAUCAAUGAUUUGCUUACAGAUAGUUUUGGGGUCUAGGGAUUAUAUUGUGUGUAGCUCGACCUCUAAUUAAAUGAUGUUACACAACUUGUUUCGACCAAACUUGGCUGCAGUACGUGAACAUCCAGCUCCCAGAUGUAGUCUUAUCUGGACACAACCGAUGUGAAAGCGCACACACAAGUGGCUCACAUACACACUAAGUGAGAAGUUUGUAGUGUUAGUGUUUGGAAUUCAACCUGAAGACCUUCCCUCCUUUUGGUUUUUAGUAGAACCACAUGUUUCCUGUCCUUGAAACACGUCUGGUGCAGAAGGAGGUGGUUUAAAUAAAUCAAUAGCUGCUAUAGUUGGACUCUAACGUUGUCCAUACUGCCACAUGUACAAGAUUCAAAAGCAAAUUUGUGUUUGCAGCGUCUACCCAAUCAGACUGAGGAAAACUGUGACCUUCCCUAUGCCAGUGUCCACUUCAUGAAGAGUCAGACGGAUCCUGUCUCCUCCCACGUCGGAUCAGCUGAACCCAGCAAACACAAGGAGGCGGAGGAGGUUGCGUACGCUUCUGUCAACUGUAACAGAUCUGCCCCGAGAACCAGAGGUCAGGACACUGGAGAGGAUCCAGCUGCAUUGUACAGCACAGUCAAAAAACCUCCUGCUGUUUAGACCAACGUCUGGAAAUCACCUUAGUCCCGAUGGAAAUAUCUCAACAGCUGCGGGAUGGAUUUGAAUAGAAGUUCAUACAACUGUUCAUGGUCCCCACAGGAUGAAUCCUACUUUGGUGACAGGCAGACUCCAGCAUCAUUGUUGAAGUGAAUGUUCAGUUUUAAGUGACUUGUCUUGACAGCUAAUGGAUAAAUUGCCCCGAGGAUGAAUCCAAACGA